UGACGUCUGUAAAGCUGAGACUCGCUCAGGGACGCGCUGAGUCCUUGGCACCGGUGAGCGGUGUUCUGACUGCGGUCCUGGGGCCGCUAUGAGCUGCACCAUCGAGAAGAUUCUGACAGACGCUAAGACUCUACUGGAGAGGCUGAGGGAGCACGAUGCGGCCGCCGAGUCACUGGUGGAUCAGUCAGCGGCUCUGCACCGGCGGGUAGCCGCUAUGCGGGAGGCGGGGACAGCGCUUCCGGACCAGUAUCAAGAGGAUGCAUCCGAUAUAAAGGACAUGUCCAAAUACAAACCUCACAUUCUGCUGUCCCAAGAGAAUACACAGAUUAGAGACUUGCAGCAGGAAAACAGAGAGCUGUGGGUUUCCUUGGAGGAACACCAGGAUGCUUUGGAACUCAUCAUGAGCAAAUACCGAAAACAGAUGUUACAAUUAAUGGUUGCUAAAAAAGCAGCGGAUGCUGAACCGGUCCUGAAAGCUCACCAGUCUCACUCUGCAGAAAUUGAGAAUCAGAUUGACAGAAUCUGUGAAAUGGGAGAAGUGAUGAGGAAAGCAGUUCAAAUGGAUGAUGACCAAUUUUGUAAGAUUCAGGAAAAACUAGCACAAUUAGAGCUUGAAAAUAAGGAACUUCGAGAAUUAUUGUCCAUCAGCAGUGAGUCUCUUCAGGUCAGGAAGGAAAGCUCAGUGGACACUGCUUCCCAAGCCAUCAAAUAAUUCAACUUCUGAAUAAUGCCUGGAGGUUGUUUAUCAAGGAAGGAAGUUACUAACGCUAUUCGAGUAUUGUGCGUUCAGUGUCUUGCCUCAGACUUGAUUUAAUGUUGAUUAAAUGUAUCAAGUGGCAGUUUACAAUUUGCAGUCGAAAGUGGCUGUCCACAAAAUAGUUUUAAGGUGUGUUAGUAAAAAUACACACUGAGUUUCACUGUUCGUUUCUGUAAGAGACUAAUUCUCAUUUCUGGGACCUUGAUUUAUAUAAACUGUGUUUUCAGUUCAUUUUUUUUCUUUCAUAUCUCUGAAACUUAUAGCAUUUUGUUAUAAGCCAGCAGUUUUAUUUUAUAUCAGAUUAUAAAUUGCAAUUCUAAAAAUCUUAAACACAGAUUAUCUUUUUAAGUCUAUUUGGCAUAAACCUGGAUUUUUUUCCAUUUGAGAAAAAUAAUACAGCUCCACAGAAGUUGAUUGGCAGAUUCUCUAAUUUGUAAUAUAGAUUCUCUAAUUUGUAACAUCAUUCACCUUUUAUGAAGUUUUAAGUCUCUCUGGUGCUAAGAGUUGGCACCUUAUGGCCUGGUGUCUUUACUCUUGAGAGAACCUAUUGCUAGUCCCCACAAAAUAUACUUGAAAGUAAGUCAACUGUUCUUGUCCAGUGAUAGUAUAAUCAUCGUAUUGUUCAAAGAAUGUUGAAAAAUUUGUCCUGUGUAUGUGUAUACACAUACAUGUGCUUAGUUCAGAUGCUGAAAAUAAAUUUUAUUUAUUCUGUUUGA